AUGUGCAAAGGGAUGCCAAUCGGCUUGUCGAGGAGAGACUUUCCGGAAACAUCCGUCCUUCGACGACACCCUCCUCCAAAAGCAAAAGUGCUGGCUGAAGCGGUUGAACUUUGUGAGAAGAUUGGUUUCCCGAUCACUGCCACCACGUCUAAAUUGCUUUCCCAGGGACUGCGACGCUUUGAAGGGAAAAACGAGGUUCAAAGUGCUAUCAACCAAGUGCUCUCAAUGAUGAUGAUGCGCCCGAUGCAACUCGCCCAAUAUUUCUGCACCGGUGCCGUGAAAUCGCAAAGUGAUUACUAUCACUACGCUCUGGCUACACCAUUUUACACGCAUUUCACCUCGCCAAUUCGUCGAUAUCCGGAUGUGAUGGUGCAUCGUUUGUUGUCGGCUGCUUGUGGCUACACUCCGCCACCAACUUUGGCCGAUGUGAAGGAGAUCGCCAAGAUUUGCGGACAUUGCAACGACAAGAAGACGGCUGCGAAGACAGUUUCUGAAGCGAGUGCCGACACGUUCUUUGGUCUAUUCGUUAAGCAUGUUGGAACUUUGGAGGAAAAGGGAGUGCGUUGUCGCGGUGCCUCGAUGCCUCAUUUGAAUGUUUCUCGUUUUCAAAUAUGGAGUGGU